AUGGGGUCUCCCUCAGCCCCUCCUCACAGAUGGUGCAUCCCCUGGCAGAGGCUCCUGCUCACAGCCUCACUUCUAACCUUCUGGAACCCGCCCACCACUGCCCAGCUCACUAUUGAAUCCAGGCCGUUCAAUGUCGCAGAGGGGAAGGAGGUUCUUCUACUUGCCCACAAUCUGCCCCAGAAUACUUUAGGCUUCAGCUGGUACAAAGGGGAAACAGUAGAUGCCAAACAUCUAAUUGCAGCAUAUGUAAUGGGAACUCAACAAACUACCCCAGGGCCCGCACACAGCGGUCGAGAGACAGUAUACUCCAAUGUAUCCCUGCUGAUCCAGAACGUCACCCAGAAUGACACAGGAUCCUACACCCUACAAGUCAUAAAGGAAGGUUUUGUGAGUGAAGAAGCAACUGGCCAGUUCCUGGUAUACCCGGAGCUGCCCAAGCCCUACAUCAUCAGCAACAACUCCAACCCCGUGGAGGACAAGGAUGCUGUGACCUUAACCUGUGAACCUGAGACUCAGGACACAACCUACCUAUGGUGGGUAAACAAUCAGAGCCUCCCGGUCAGUCCCAGGCUGGAGCUGUCCGGUGACAACAGGACCCUCACUCUAUUCAAUGUUGCAAGAAAUGACACAGCGUUCUACGAAUGUGAAACCCAGAACCCAGGGAGUGUCAGACGCAGCGACCCAGUCACCCUGAACGUCCUCUAUGGUCCGGAUGCACCCACCAUUUCCCCUCUAAACACAUCUUACAGAGCAGGGGAAAAUCUGAACCUCUCCUGCCAUGCCGCCUCUAACCCAUCUGCACAGUACUCUUGGUUUGUCAAUGGGACGUUCCAGCAAUCCACACAAGAGCUCUUUAUCCCCAACAUCACCGUGAAUAAUAGCGGAUCCUAUAUGUGCCAAGCCCAUAACUCAGCCACUGGCCUCAAUAGGACCACAGUCACGGCGAUCACAGUCUAUGCGGAGCUGCCCAAGCCCUACAUCACCAGCAGCAACUCCAACCCCGUGGAGGACAAGGAUGCUGUGACCUUAACCUGUGAACCUGAGACUCAGGACACAACCUACCUGUGGUGGGUAAAUGGUCAGAGCCUCCUGGUCAGUCCCAGGCUGCAGCUCUCCAAUGGCAACAGGACCAUCACUCUACUCAAUGUCACAAGGAAUGACGCAGGACCCUAUGAAUGUGGAAUCCAGGACUCAGUGAGUGCAAAACGCAGUGACCCAGUCACCCUGAAUGUCUCCUAUGGCCCAGAUGUCCCCAUCAUUUCCCCCUCAAACUCCAAUUACCGUCCAGGGGAAAAUCUGAACCUCUCCUGCCACGCAGCCUCUAAUCCACCUGCACAGUACUCUUGGUUUGUCAAUGGGACGUUCCAGCAAUCCACACAAGAGCUCUUUAUCGCCAACAUCACUGUGAAUAAUAGCGGAUCCUAUAUGUGCCAAGCCCAUAACUCAGCCACUGGCCUCAAUAGGACCACAGUCAUGAUGAUCACAGUCUCUGCGGAGCUGCCCAAGCCCUCCAUCACCAGCAACAACUCCAACCCCGUGGAGGACAAGGAUGCUGUAGCUUUCACCUGUGGAUCUGAGGCUCAGGACCCAACCUACCUGUGGUGGGUAAAUGGUCAGAGCCUCCCAGUCAGUCCCAGGCUGCAGCUCUCCAAUGGCAACAGGACCCUUACUCUACUCAGUGUCACAAGGAAUGACACAGGACCCUAUGAGUGUGAAACACAGAACCCAGUGAGUGCCAGCUGCAGUGACCCAGUCACCCUGGACGUCCUCUAUGGACCAGGCAUUCCCACCAUUUCCCCCCCAGACUCCUAUUACCACCCAGGGGCAAAUCUCAACCUCUCCUGCCACGUGGCCUCUAACCCACCCACACAGUAUUCCUGGUUUGUCAGUGGAAUGCUCCAGCAACACACACAAAAGCUCCUUAUCGCCAACAUCACAGUGGAUAAUAGUGGAUCCUAUGCUUGCCUCGCCCAUAACUCAGCCACUGGCCUCAGUACAAUCACAGUCAAGACAAUCACAGUCUCUGGAGAAAAUGCCCCAGGCCUUCCUGUGGGGGCCAUCGCCGGCAUGGUGACCGGGGUCCUGGUCGGAGUGGCGCUGGUGGCCGCCCUGAUGUAUUUCCUGCUCCUUGCCAAAACUAGAAGAACCAGCAUCCAGCGUGACCUCAAGGAGCAGCAGCCCCAAGUCCUUGCCCCUGGCCGUGGUCCCUCCCACAGCUCUGCCUUCUUGAUGUCCCCUCUCUCCACUGCCCAGGCCUCCCGACCCAGCCCCAGGACAGCCGCUCCUAUCUAUGAGGAAAUGCUAAAACAUGACACAAACGUUUACUGCCGGAUGGACCGCAAAGGAGAUGUGGCUUCUUAGGUUCCUCUGCGAGCUGCUCCUGGGGGUUGAUGGAGCAUCCCGAACCCCCAGCCCUGGGGAUGGGGAAGGACAUGGAGCCUGAGCCAGAGAACCAGCUCUGAGUCCUGAAAAGACACUGGGGCCUGGGGACAGGGAGGAAUGGGGGUCCCUGCUAAAUAUCCGAGGACCCCGACAGGCUGCCCUGGGCUCUGGGUGGGCCAGGACAAAGGCCUCCAUCACCACAGGAAGCGGGGGCUUGCAGAGAAAGUGAAUGGGCCUGUGGCCCACCCGGGGUCACCUGGAAAGGAUCUCAAUAAACAAGAC